AUGUCGUCUGGCAGCACGAGCACCGGCGCUACAGCCGUCCAAUUUUCCCGUCAGAAUGAUACAGCUGAGGAUCUAUUGCGCAAGCAAACCGAGGGGCUCGUCGCACUCUCUGAGUUUCGACAGCGGCGAGCCGAGGCCAUAGAGACCAAGGAACGUGAUGCACAGGCAGCGCUGCUCGCGCCUCUCCUCCCUCAACGGAAACUUGACAGUGCGGCGAAGCUCGAGAACGCAGGGCUGCCGAGCAGCCAGCAGGCUGGAAAAAAGCGCAAACAGAGCCAAAUACAGCUCAGCUUCCAAAGCAACCACGAAGAAGAGCAGGACGAAGCGGAAGGCUGCAUUUCGAAGGCGCCGAUGCCAUCGCGAAAGGCCAAAGUGUCUGUGAAUUCCAGCGUAGCCCAUGCCCCCAAAGCCCUCACAAAGGCAGCUCGGCAACGUGAGGCCCAGAUGCGCGAGUACCUUCGCAAAGAGUUUUUACUCCUACAAGACGCCAUUAAGAAUACCGAGAUCGCCAUCCCUUUUGUCUUCUACGACGGCACUAAUAUACCGGGCGGAGUCUGCCGCGUGCGCAAGAGCGAUUACGUUUGGGUCUUCCUUGACCGGAGUCGCAAAGCGGGUGCAGAGCUCAAGGUCGCUGAAAAGGUCAACAGUAAACGUGAGUGGGCUCGCAUUGGUGUGGAUGAUUUAAUGCUCGUUCGCGGAGAUCUUAUAAUACCACACCACUACGAGUUUUAUUAUUUCAUUAUUAAUCAUAUCCUUGGACCCAAUAACCGGCUCUUAUUUGGCUACAGCUCAGAACCACCGGCUGGAAAAUAUCUUCCCAACCCAGCACCGUCCAGCAGCGAUUUUAAUCCUCUCACUCAACCGCUCAAGCCAGCCAAAUCUCCUUCUCAAGUCCCCCCCGUAACCGAACUAGAGGGUCAGGGAGAUGAUCCGACAUUUACAAAAGUUGUCGAUCGUAGAUGGUACGAGCGUAACAAGCAUAUCUUUCCCGCAAGCGUUUGGCAGGAAUAUGACCCGGAAAAGGAUUACCAGAAGGAAGUUAAGCGCGACCUCGGUGGGAAUACAUUCUUCUUCCCAUGA